GUAUGCUUUUUGAAAAAAAAAUACACCGUAUAUUGGUUUGUCCGAAACAAUCGAUCUCACUAGGGUUCUGGGAUAACUAGGGUUCAUCAAUCCUGUUGAAUUUUAGGGUCAAGUAAACGGUCUCUUCUACACUCCCACGUCAACAUACAGCAGAAAGUCUCAGCCUUUGAGCUUCGUUACUGUUGAAUUGCUUUGAGAAUUACAGUUAUAAGCAAUGCUUAGCGUUAUACGAGUUCAUCUACCGUCGGAGGUACCUAUUGUUGGCUGCGAACUCACACCUUACGUGCUUCUCCGGCGGCCGGAUAACACCGCCACCACCGAUGAUGUGCCAGAGUCAUCCCCUCUUGAUGGUCACUUCUUGAAGUACAGAUGGUAUCGUGUACAAAGCGAUAAGAAAGUUGCUAUUUGUAGUGUGCAUCCAUCCAAGGAGGCCACAUUACAGUGUCUAGGAUGCAUAAAGACAAAGGUUCCUGUCACCAAAAGCUACCACUGUUCAACUAAGUGCUUCACAGACGCGUGGCAGCAUCACCGUGUGUUGCACGAGCGUGCUGCUGCGGAAGGAAAUGGUGAAGAAGAAGAGUUGCUCCGUUUGAACAGUUCAGGCUCUGUCUCUAGCAUCCUCAGCACCGUUAGUAGUUUAACAAACGGAUCAUCAUCAUCAGUUUAUCCCUCAUCCAUAUCCCAAAAGACUGGCGCAGGAGGGGAAACACUUGUUGAGGUUGGACGCUCCAAGACAUACACACCGAUGGCUGACGAUGUGGGGCAUGUUUUGAAGUUUGAGUGUGUAGUGGUCAAUGCAGAGACAAAACAGAACGUGGGGCAUUCUUGUACUAUAUUGACUUCUCGUGUUAUUCCAGCUCCAUCGCCUUCUCCGCGCAGGAUGAUCCCUGUUAGUGGAGCUGUGGAUUCUAAUGGCCGACCUAUGUCUAUGGGAUCAUUCACUCUGCUGUCCUAUAAUAUAUUGGCUGAUGCGUAUGCUAGUAGCGAGAUAUACAGUUACUGCCCCACAUGGGCUCUUUCGUGGACAUACCGUAGACAGAAUUUGUUACGGGAGAUUGUUAAGUACCAUGCGGAUAUAGUUUGUCUACAGGAGGUACAGAAUGAUCAUUUUGAUGAGUUUUUCGCUCCCGAGCUGGAUAAGCAUGGUUACCAAGCUAUCUUUAAAAGGAAAACAAAUGAGGUCUUCGUUGGUAACACAAGCACAAUUGAUGGAUGUGCUACUUUUUACAGAAGAGACAGGUUUUCUCAUGUUAAAAAAUACGAGGUUGAGUUCAACAAGGCUGCUCAAUCUUUGACUGAGGCUCUUAUUCCUGUGCCCCAGAAGAAAAUUGCUUUGAAUCGAUUGGUUAAGGACAAUGUAGCAUUAAUAGUUGUUCUGGAAGCAAAGUUCGGUAACCAGGCUGCUGAUAUUCCUGGGAAGCGCCAGCUUCUUUGUGUGGCUAACACACAUGUAAACAUUUCUCAUGAACUGAAGGAUGUAAAGCUCUGGCAGGUUCACACAUUAUUGAAGGGACUGGAAAAAAUAGCUGCCAGUGCAGAUAUUCCAAUGCUUGUGUGUGGUGAUUUCAAUACAGUACCAGCAAGUGCUCCUCAUUCACUUCUUGCUCUGGGGAAGGUUGAUCCAAUGCACCCAGAUUUGAUGGUUGACCCUCUUGGAAUUUUGCGUCCUCACACCAAACUAACUCAUCAGCUGCCGUUGGUUAGUGCUUACUCGUCCUUUGCAAGAAUGGGAGGCAGCCUUACUGCUGAGCAGCAAAGGAGAAGAAUGGAUCCUGCGUCAAAUGAACCCUUGUUUACCAACUGUACCAGGGAUUUCAUAGGCACACUUGAUUACAUAUUUUACACAGCGGAUACAUUAACAGUGGAAUCGUUAUUGGAACUGCUGGAUGAAGAGAGCUUAAGGAAGGACACGGCUCUUCCAUCUCCAGAAUGGUCUUCUGAUCACAUUGCACUUUUGGCUGAGUUCCGCUGCAUGCCUAAGACCAGACGCUGAUGCUGCAAACUCACAGAUGAAGCAAAUAUUUUAUGGAGAUACCAUAAGCUGUAACCGGUGCUUAAAGACUGGACCCAGUGGAGAUGAUUAAGCUACAUGAGGUAGUCUGGUAGAUCGUGUGUCCAUGUACUAUAUAUCGUAGGUUUAUUUCCUUUCACCUCACUGUAAGAAGUAUGAUCACUUUAUGGUUCCUUGUUUUUUUUCCUUCUCUUAGUGUUACCUAUUUGCAUGUAGAUGUUUUCUUCCAUGGCUUGUCAUUGUAACAGUGUAAACUUUAGAUUCUUGAAGAAAAUAGUGGCUUGAGUUUAUAGUCACUUUCUUGAGAAUAAAA